UUCAUGUCCACUCCGAACUCGGAAAAAUACGAGGUCAAAUCAUGACGUCAGUGAUAUUCAGGUUGAAAAAUCGGAGCUCUAGAAGCGGCCCGAUAAUUCCCAUUCGGAUUACCGUUCGAAUCGAUUUUUACCAGUGGGAGAUCGUUUGUUUCCGAGUUUCCAGUUGUUUCAACGCACUGAAGUCAUCGGAGAUUUCCGAGUUCCCAGUUGUUUUGAACGCGGAAUAUUUCGAUCAACAACAACAAAAAACAGUUGCAAACUGAUGGUAAUUUGUAUUAAGAUGCAACUAGUUCAGAUAUUAAAAAUGAAUUACUCAAAUUGUAAAUUCUAACAAUUUAUUUGAGGUCACCAUUGAGAUGAAUACAUGUUUUUAACUUUAUCACACCAGUUGGCUAAGCAUACUGGAGGGAUUUUGCCGCGAGUUGUUUUGUCUGACAACUUUUUCAUUGUCAGCACAAAAUAGGCUACGACAUCCAGAGCGAAAAUAGCAACACAGUGGCGACCCCAACAGCUGUAGCCUACUACACUACAGGGACAUUUAACUUGCAAGGCCAGGUCAGCAUCAGCCAGAGGGCGCUCAGUUUCAGAGGAUUUGCUUUUGGAGAGAGAAUCACACAGUAGGUGACUUGAGAGGAAUCCGAGAAACAUAGGUCGUUUAUAAUCGCAAUAGAAACAAAUUACAUUGUUUGACUCGCCUGCACUUGACUGGUUGAGUGCACAGCUAGGCUACUUAAUCGCGGUCGAAUAGAGAAAGCGGGCUGCUUGCUGAUGGUUAAAAUCUGAGCCCAAUCAAAUCAUAGUCAAGACGAGGAGACAAAAAAGAGAAGAUCGUUGAAGAGUAUAAAAGCGUCUGGAAACCCUGUGUUGUAUUUUCAUUUUCUUUGAUCAGAUUCUGUUCACUUAAUUCAUUUUUGGUGUCCAGUUCCCCUGGUGUUUUGUUGCUGCAGUUGGGAGGAGGCACGUCGGAUUAAAAACGUGAUUUAUUUAGUUUCCAUGUUCCUGUGUGAUGUCAUAAAGAUGGGACGCGGUGGAGCGGGAAACAAAGCUGGCGGCUGACAGGCCCCUCCAGCGGCCAAUCAGGAUGCAUGUCUCCUCGAUGGGUGUCAGCAAGCUCUGCUUUCUGUUCUCCCUGGCCCUCUGUGCCCUCCUGCUGCUCCUCAUCCCUGCCCUUCAGCCCUCACAGCAUCAGGGGGACCUGCCUCAGCCGCGGGCCCACACCAAGCCUGCCCGGGCAGGCACAGGUGCCAGCAAAUCCCCCCAGCACCAUGGAGGUCUGGUGGUCCCUCUCCAGGCAGAUGUGGGGAAAGUGACAGUGGGACGUAAUGGGAUUGUUGGUGGAUCUAUAGGGCAGGGCACACCCAGAGAGACCAAGAGGACUGGGGAUGGGGACUGGGUGUAUACAGCUGGUCGAGGUGACACCCAGGCCAAUGGGAAGCAUACAGACUCUCAGACAGGGCCGAAGGAGAACUUCCUCCACAGAGCUGGAGUUGUGGUGGGGGCUGGAAGGGUCUCGGUCCAGGACCCCUCUAGAGCUGAAAGACAUUUUCAUAGCGGUGAAGACCACCAGGAAGUACCACAAGUCCAGACUGGAUUUGCUGUUCCAGACCUGGGUGUCCAAAGCCAAAGAACAGACCUUUAUAUUCACUGAUGGGGAGGACCAGGAGCUGAGGAGGAGAGCAGGGGCUAAUGUCGUCAACACCAACUGUUCAGCAGCACACACGCGGCAGGCCCUGUGCUGUAAGAUGUCUGUGGAAUACGACAAGUUCAUCGAGUCGCAGAGGAAGUGGUUCUGCCAUAUGGAUGAUGAUAACUAUGUGAUUGUACCCAGUCUGCUGAAGCUGCUGUCCUCCUUCCAACACACCCAGGAUGUUUACCUGGGCCGGCCCAGCCUCGACCACCCCAUAGAGGCUGCAGAGAGGGUCAAGAGUGACGGAUCUGUGUCGGUGAAGUUCUGGUUUGCUACAGGAGGUGCAGGGUUCUGUAUCAGUCGUGGUCUGGCCCUCAAGAUGAGUCCAUGGGCUAGUCUGGGGAACUUCAUCAGCACGGCGGAGAAGAUCCGUCUCCCUGACGACUGCACUAUCGGUUACAUCAUCGAGGCGCUGCUGGAAGUGCCGCUGACACACACCCACCUCUUCCACUCCCACCUGGAGAACCUGCAGAGGCUGCCCACAGACACCGUGCUGGAACAGGUCACUCUGAGCUAUGGGGGUUUUGAGAACAGGAGGAAUGUGGUCAGCAUUGGAGGAGCUUUCUCUCUGGUGGAGGACCCCUCACGGUUUAAGACUGUCCACUGCCUCCUCUACCCAGAGACUGACUGGUGUCCUAGUGAGGGGCACCAUUGAUGGCCACUAAAGUAUAUCUACAAUACUUCCUACCAGCCUGGUUGACUGGUGUCCCUGUGUAUGCUAGCUAUAUCAUUGCCAUGGCAAAAUGACAAUUUGGCCAAAGCAAAACCAGACUGGCACCCUGGCUAACCCUACAGAACCACUUCACUCAGAUGAAAUGGUUAAAAGUCUGUGUAUCUUUGAGAGGAGACAAGAUUAGGUAAAUGGAGUGAGGAUCACUUUGGUCGUGGUGGGAUGAUGAAGAAAUGCCCCACUACUCUUAUCAUUACUGUGCCCUCCACUCAUCGCAGUAAGUUGUCGUCGCUGGCUGUUGCUGUGACGAUGUGUAUCACCACUCGUUGCUUUAAAUCCCAAACUCUAAUCUUUUAGUAUUGUGGUCCAGGGUUUUUUGAAGGAGUGUUAAGGUACUUAAAUUACUGUUGAAAAGGUACCGUAAGAUGCUGAACAGGGUGAAAUGUUAAUUUAUUUGCUUUUAGGUCUAAACAUUUACCGGACUGAUGUUUUUUAUACAACAGCUCAUGACCAGAAGUCAUCAGAGAUGAUUAUCUGAUAUCAGUGUUCCAGGAAGAGAGAGAGACAGUUUAAGUAAUGAGUGAGAGGUGUUUGUGCUAAUGUAACGGAGUUAAGAACGUACCGUAAGCUGACUCCAAGGCUAGCUUGCAAUGUUGCAGAUGGAGCUAUCCAAUUGGAUCCUUUUGUAUAGCUCAAUCGAUUGGUACGUUGUCAAGGAGGGCGGUCACGUGUGUUUGCGAGCAGAGGAUCACUAGUUGAAGCCCGGUAUGGGGAGAGGGACAGUGGAGGAAGCUAAUACUGUUAGCUGCAUGUCGGUUUCACUUCAGACUACCCUUGUGCCCCUCAUGUCCUGAAGUUAAUGUCUUACCAGAAGAGGUUUCAAACUGGUGUGUGUACAUAUGUGCAGGUUUGUGUGCAACCUAAUAGUUUAACCACUCAAUCAGAAUGCUUUUAAUAUCUUAUAGCCAAAGAUGAUACCAGUGCCUUAUGUUUCAAUCAACUAGACUUUGGAAAUGCUUAAGAGCACAUAAUGAAAAAUGAAUUGAAGGAAUGAAAGGGAUUGUAUGUGUGAUAGUAGGAAUGAAAACAAGUGUGCACCACACAUAUACACACAGCCCUGCAGUAACCAAAACAGACUCCUCUGAAGGUGAGCACAUUAUCUUGAAGAUCAUUCAUUAGAACCCUUUGUUGCGUUUUUCCCCCAAUACAUGUUAUUUCUCUGUCAAAAAGACUACACAUUUUGCACUCAUCUCAAUUCCCGUGUUUAAUAUUUCUGUGUAUUAAAAGUUACAUUAGUGUUGUUGACUUGUUGUAAUGUGUGAGCUUGAGCUGGAAGUAGGUGUGUUUUACUGAUGUCUCACAUUCCUUUUUGCACGAAAACACUAUAAUCCAAAUACCGAAUCUGUCUUUCCCACUGCAGGUCAGUGGCUGAGAGAGAGGAGUCUGACUCAGACUCGAGUCAGGAUGUGAUAUUUUUCCUCUCAUCUUCUCCUGUCCUCCGUUUCACCACUGAUGUAUUAUUUUGUUUUCUGUUGAAUAAAGCAUGUUUUGCAGCAUUACCAAA